CUCUUUUUUAUGACAGGAUGUCAAUUUGAGAUUUAUUUACAAAGUAGGUAUGAUAAAUGAUUAAUGACCAUUCCAAGUUCGGACAACAGCACUCAAAGGAAUAUUUAUUGUUUUUUUUUUUUGCGAAACGUGCAUAUAUCUUACAGUAAGAUAAAAAUAUGGCCCUCCCGACAGCACAACCGGCUGAAGUUUUACGAGCAUGGCAGAAAGAUGAUCUUUAUGAAAAACAACUGGCUGGUUCAUUAGCACGACUUGUCCCUUCACAUCAUGCUUCAAAGGCAGUUCCAGUAUCAUCCGUACUGUAUAAAACUUUCACAACUCUUAAAGACUUGCAAACGCUGGGUGAGGAAUAUUCUGGUAUCGUACAGGUCGACGAUUCCUUCCACAAAUUGCCUAGUUUUAUGUCCCGACUCUCCAGCAUCUUGCUAUCUGCUUUUGGUGAAAAUUUAACGAGAAAAAUACUUAAUCAUCUUGGUAAACAGGUGGAAAGUAAUGCAUAUCUGAAACCUAAGGCACAGAACUUCCUGAUGGUGAUAUUAAAGUCAUUGAAUAAUAUUGUGCCACAAAUAGAGAGCAUUCAUCGCGCCCUGUCGUAUAUCAAUGGUGGACCAAUUCAGAUAAGCAAAACUGUCACAGGUAUAAAUUAUGUCCAUGUUAGACCAGCUGCGGCCGCCUAUUAUGCUCACUUAAGAUUAUUAGGUAUAGUAACAUUACUUCAUGCCUUUAUAUCCUGUGGUCACAGUGUUUACCAAGCAAAGAAACAUAUAGAUGAUAUGGCGGACUUUCCAAAUGAAGUAGACAGUAGUAAAUCGUGUGUAGCUUGUCUGGAAGAGAUAGUGAAUCCCUGUGUAUUGCAGUGUGGUCACUUGUUCUGUAUGAACUGUUGUUACGGAGGUUUAGAAACUUGUCCAUUGUGUCGGACCCCAUUUACCAAGAAUACAGUGGUCCCCCUAAUGAAUUACUGGCCUGGGAAAAUGAAGUGAAAGCAAUUGGAAUGUCAUAGACAUAUAUGUACAUAUAUAAGUAUACAUAGAUUAUACAAAUAAGGGAUCUUGUGGGCGAGAUGAGAAUUUACUGUAAAAAAAUGUAUUUACCAAGUGAAUAAAUAUUAUAAAACUGC